AUGGCCCAGUCUCUCAUCCAAGCAAAGCUGCUCAAGCGCCUCGAACUACACGGUACCGGUUCGGAUGGAUACAUGGAUAACAAACAAAUCAUCCGCGAAGGCCUAGACCUCCUCGUCCUAGAGACAGCUCUUGAGUACCGGGCCGCUCUCUUUGAUUUCGCCGAAAUCACCAUCGAGGGAGCAGCCGAAUGGUCGCUGAAUGAACAGAACAAAAAGGAGCUGGAGGAAGCGAAGUCUGCCUUGGCCGUCGAUCAAUAUGACGUCUCCAAUCUCUACACUUCUCGUGGUCCAAGCACAGCUCGCGCAGGUCGCCUUCGGCUCCUCACCACACGGGAUCACCUGUCGACGCUCCCUUGGAUCACCCAAAGACAAUGCUCGGAUUCCCACACGAGUACCGAGUACAAGCCGCUCGGUAUCCAGGAGAAGAGACUAGAGAUCCAGCUAAAGAAGCUGAAGAUGGAGCUGGAAGACGAGAAGCGCAGACCCGUGCAGAGAAAUCAGCAGUACCCGUGCGGUAAUACGCGGCCAUGUCAAGAAUUACAAUAUCAGAUGCCAGAAGAAGGUCAAACCCAGAAGCGCAAGGCCAGUGCGCAUGAUCGUCAGAGGGAGAGCAACCGGCCAAAGCACAUCAAAGCUGAACCGGGCACUGGAGCACCCGCAGCUACAACGUCCAGCUCCAUCGACCUGACGACACCACCUCCAGCAGAGACUGCGGAGAUGACCAUACGAAGUUUGGUGUUAUCGCUGCUUGGUCCCGCGCUGCCUCCCUCACUCUCUCCCGCGGCCGACAGGAUCAUGCUGCUCACAUCGCUCGAGGCCGUGCCUAUCAUCGUGGCACUUCCUUUUAAAUACUGCGGCUUGACGUCGUUUUCCUCUUCAUUCGUGUUCAAAGCUGAUGUUAGCUUCCAACGCCCAAAAGCCAAGUUUCCCAUCGCACGAGUCUUGCUUCGCUUACAUCAUGCAGGUUCACUGCAAGGAUCGCUUAGCAUAUCCUCCCCUCUCGCACGCCCGUAG